AUGCACAAAAAUAGGUAUCGAAGAAUCUACCCGUAUGAUGAUACGAGAGUUUUAGUACGCGGCGGAGAAACAGACUACAUUAAUGCAAGCUAUAUAGACGGAUUUAGAAGACGAAAUGCAUACAUUUCUACCUUGGGUCCAAUGGCUAAGCAGCUUGGUGAUUUCGGUCAAUUCUGGCGAAUGGUUUGGCAACAGGAAGUGGAGAAGAUUGUCAUGUUGACCAAUUUGGUAGAGGGUGAGAGCACCAAAUGCGAGCAAUAUUGGCCUCAUCAUAAUCAACGUAUACCAUACGGCGAUAUCGAAGUUGUGUGCAAGGUGGACAAAUUGUACGCAGAUUUCAUUUGGAGACAAUUUACGCUUUCUAAGAACUCCGAAGAAAGAAGUCUUCAUCAUCUUCAGUUCACAAGCUGGCCAGCAAAAGACGUCCCUGAUAAUGUUACAUCAUUGAUAGAGUUAAGACAUAGGGUGAACGCCUUGCCGAGUACCUUUAACGGACCAGUAAUUGUGCAUUGCAGUGCUGGUGUUGGUAGAACAGGAACCUACAUAGCUCUGGACAUUCUGACUAACGAGGGUGAGGCAGAAGGAGCAAUAGAUAUCCCGGGAUGUGUUCUCAACAUGCGACAGAAUAGACCCAACAUGAUUCAGACUUUGAGCCAAUACAAGUUUCUUCACCAAGCUUUGGUCCAUUCAUUGACCAUUGAGUGGUCGUUGUCAAAACGAGACCACUUCCAUGAAUAUAUGACGAUGUCCAGCCAACAGGAGGUACACAAGCAGUUUGAGAAACUGCAAUUGAACCAAGAGCAAAAGUCAGAUAAGGAGCAACAGGCUAUGGGAAGGAAUCGGCUUCUGACAAUCAAAAACAAGAAACUGGCAGAUAUACCAGGUGAUUCCAAUCGACCACGUCUGUAUCUGUUUUUGAAACCAGGCGAAUCUGAUUACAUCAAUGCAAUAAACAUCAACAGUUUUAAAAUUAAAAAUCGCUUCUUGGUUGCGCAAACACCUCUGCCUGACACAGUUUCCGAUUUCAUCACACUUGCUGUUCAAGAAAACUGUUCAUGUAUUAUUAGUAUGGAGGGACACUUGGAAAAGCAUGAGGGGAUUGGCAUGUACUUUCCUUGUGACAAUCAGACAAUAAAGAAAAAUAUGGUUUCCGUACGAUCCUCCACUGGUCAAAGUGAAAUACACUUUGUAAAAAGAAUGCUACAUUUUGACCACGAAAUAAAGGAGCAGUUUUACUUUUGUCACGAGUGUGUUCUCCAUUCCUUGAACGCAACUGAAAACGCUGCGUGAUACAACGUAAGAGGGA